AUGUUACUGCUCCUGCUCCUCUUGGUGGCUGUCCUGCCAUUCAGCACUGAAGGAGGAAAAAUCUUUUGGGGUACAGAAGCCAAACGCCACUCCCAUCCCUACAUGGCAUUCUUAGAGAUUUAUGAAAGCGGAUCACAUCCAAAGAAAUGUGGUGGCUUCCUGGUCAAAAAAGACAUCGUAAUGACAGCAGCUCACUGUAAUGGAAGUGAAAUAAAUGUAACCUUGGGUGCUCACAAUAUCAAGGAUCGGAAUAAUAACAUUCAGCGCAUCCCUGUUGUUAAAACCAUCGUUCAUAAGGGCUAUAGCCAUGCAAAAAUGGUCAAUGACAUCAUGCUACUGAAGCUGAAACACAAAGCUCAACUCAGUAAUGCUGUGAAGACCAUUGACCUUCCAAAGAGCCAGGACAGGGUGAAACCUGGGCAGGUGUGCACAGUGGCAGGCUGGGGACCACUGGCCAAUUGUACUCUGCCUAACACACUUCAGGAAGUGAAGUUAGAAGUUCAAAAAAGUCAAAAGUGUAGAGAAAUGUACAAAAACUACAACGACUCCAUCCAGCUCUGUGUGGGAAAUCCCAAGGAGAAGAAAGCUACAGCUGAGAGUGAUUCCGGGGGACCCUUUGUGUGUCACAGUGUAGUCCAGGGCAUUGUAAGCCAACACCAUUGUACUGGGGAUCUUCCCGAGGUAUACACCAGAAUCUCAAGCUUUAUGCCUUGGAUUCAGAAAAUGAUAAAAAUCCUUCAACAACCCUAG